AUGACAUUUUGCUCACGAUGGGUCGAAGGGUCUAUGUACCCAAGUUCGGGUCCAUCAGGCGGCGAAUCAUUAAGGAAAGCCACGCACACCGUGGGCCGGGCAUCCAGGGCAACGACGAACGAGGGCGCCGAUCAAGGCUAUAUAUUUUUGGCCAUGCAUACGGGACGAUAUCGAGUGUUAUGUGUAAACUUGUCUUGUGUGCCAACAAGACAAGGUGGAGCAAAGCAUCCGAGAGGAAUACUAGAGCCAUUACCCGUAUCGGAACACCCGUGGGAAAAUGUGACCAUGGACUUUAUCACUUCCCUACCUAAGUCCGACGGGUAUAGAACUAUCAUAGUCGUGGUGGACAAGUUCUCAAAGUAUGCUGCCUUCAUACCCGCCAUAGCGGGAUGCACCACAAAUGAGGCCGCUCGAUUAUUCUUCAAGAAUGUGGUGAAAUAUUGGGGGCUGCUAAGACAUAUCAUUAGCGACCGAGACCCCCGCUUUACUGGAAACUUUUGGAGGGAGUUGUUCGAGAUACUUGGGAAGAGUUUGGGUGCUUACCAUCUUGCCAAGGGAUGGGAAGAGCAACUUGACACUGCCAAGUCCUACUUGGACAAGGAAACAAACAAGAUGAAGAAGUUUGCCGACCGUGGACGACGUCCCACAGAUUACAAAGAAGGCGACAUGGUCUUGGUGAAAUUCAAUCCAAGACAGUUCAAGGCACUAAGGGGUGUUCAUCAAAACUUAGUACGGAAAUAUGAUGGUCCGUUCAGGAUCGUUGCCAAUGUAGGCAAGAUCUCAUAUAAGGUGGAGUUUCCUCCACACUUUAAAAUCCAUUCGGUGUUUCACGCAAACAUCCUCAAGCCGUACCAUGAGGACAAGGAAGACACUAGCCGGAACCAAUCACGACGAGCCCCCAUUACUGUCACCGCCUCGUAUGACCGGGAGAUUGAAGCUAUCAUAGACUAUCAAGCCAAACAGAAGCAGGGUCAACAAGCCAGCGCCAUGUUCCUUGUGCAUUGGAAGGGACAAUCCCCGGAUGAGGCCACAUAUGAGAAAUAUGAAGACUUGUGGCAAUUCAAAGACCAAGUCCUGGAGUUUAUGCAGCAAUGCGCCGCAGUCGUCGCAUCAUUAGGUGGGGGAGCAUGUGACGUCCCGCCAUUUUGA